CAGUCGACAUCAGUUUUCUUUAGUUUUUGUAAAUUUAAGUUGAAUUUUGGAGUUAAAUCAAGAAAAUUAGCAAUUAAUACCUGCAAACGCCAAUCAUUCACGUCCAAAAACAAUUUUAAAAGUAAAAUUUACGCCACAAAGGAACACAAUGAACAAAUGAUAAAAAGAACAUUUCUCUAUUGUUAUUCAACUACUAUCAGCGUAACCAAACCGAGUGUUAAUGUGUGUACAGCACAGAGGUUAAAAACAUACAGUUAUUUUUAAUUUAAGGAAAAAGAGUGAGAAGAAUUAAAAUUAAGGUUAUACUGCAUAUGCAAAUUUGUACAAAAUACAAUAAGAGACUUUAAAAUUGCAGAAAGCAAAUGUAUUGAUUCAAGCGAUGCAAAUGCAAGAGUCGAAAUAAAAAUGAAAGGAGCCAAGAUAAAUUUAGCCAAAUGAAUGAGUAAAUAAAAGAAAACAUCGAUGCAAUGAACAUAUUUAAAUGUGUCUAUCGCUUCUUUCUUAUUGGCAUUAUUGUAUGUACACUAUAAAAGACACACAAACCAUAAUAUAAUAUUAAAAGUUUCCACACACAUCUCUAUCAAUCGUUUACUGUAUAAACCAUUCACUCUCUUUUACUACAAGUCGUCACGAGUCUUAACUGAAAAGUACAUUCCUAUAACAAAAGGUGAAAAUUCAAGUGAUUAAGUGCUGUAUAAACAAAUAUAUAUAAACUACGACACACCAACACAAAUGGAGCCGUCCAAUGAAGUAAAAGUGAUAAGAGCACCAUCUCUAAAACGUGGUAAAAAUGAUGAACGUCUCUCAGAACGCAUAAAACUUAAGAAAGUCAUCGGAUUGACAGUAUGUAGUAAUGCAGGAUUAGAUGUUUCUCUCACAAAUGGGAUUUUAGCGUAUCCAGCAGGAUGUACUGUCGUAUUAUUCAAUCCACGGAAAGUAAGUCAAUCAUAUUUGCAAAAUUCAGCAAGAAAAGCAAUAACAGCAGUUGCCUAUAGUCAUUGUGGCAGAUAUUUGGCUACCGGUGAGUGUGGUAUAAAUCCUACCAUUAAAGUAUGGGAAUUGGAAACUUCAAAUGGCAAUUGCGAUAAUUACACAGGAGGGUCAAUUGUCGCCGAAUUCUCCGGGCACAAAUAUGCUGUUAGUUGUGUGGCAUUCUCACCAACUGGCAAAUAUCUCGUGUCUGUUGGAUCGCAACAUGACAACAUCGUAAAUGUGUUUGAUUGGAAGGCAAAUACCAAAAUUGCCUCAAACAAAGUGAGUGCCAAAGUUGUAGCUGUGAGUUUUAGCAUUGAUGGAAACUAUUUCGUAACUGUGGGAAAUCGACAUGUGAAAUUUUGGUAUCUCGAAGGAGGUCGAAGAAUCAAAGAGCCUGUUCCAUUGAUGGGAAGAAGCGCCAUUUUAGGAGAGUUAAGAAACAAUGACUUUACUGCUGUUGCGUGCGGAAAAGGUGACAUGGCAGAUAGUACUUAUGCAAUAACACGACAAGGACAUCUCGUUGAAUUCAAUGCUCGUCGAUUGCUUGAUAAAUGGGUAAUGUGUCGAACUGCUUCGGCAAAUUGCAUUGUCACAAGUGCCAAAUACAUUUUUGUUGGUUGUGGCGACGCGAUCAUUAGAUGUUUUAACGCGGAAACACUUGAAUACAUAACAACGUUACCUCGAACACACUUUUUGGGUGUUGAUGUUGCACAAGGUAUUCAUAUUAAUCACAUGAUGGCAGCUCCUCCAAACGCUAAAUAUCCUGAUUGCAUUGCUAUUGUCUACGACGAAACCCGUUCAAAAGUCAGUUGCAUUUAUAACGAUCAUAGUUUAUACAUAUGGGAUCUGCGCGAUGUGAGACGUGUUGGAAAAAGUCAUUCUUUCUUGUAUCAUUCUGCGUGCAUCUGGGGCGUUGAAACUGUGCCAUUUAAUUAUACGAAAAAUAAUAUUCCAAUCAAUUUGCCAUCAGAUUGCUUCCUCACGUGCUCAUCUGACGACACGAUUCGAGUUUGGGGCUUAGAUGAUUGCGAAACCAAUGAAUUUUAUCGUAAGAAUAUAUACAGCAAAGAUUUGCUCAAAGUAUUCUACAUCGAUGAUGAGCUCAAUUUCAUCAAAGACAUGGAUAAUCCUCUUUUAAGUACAGAGAAAAAUCUCAGUUACGAUGGAAGGAAUGGUGUUCGUUGUAUUAAAGUAAAUUCAACAAAUGGACAUCUUGCAACGGGAGAUCGUAGCGGAAAUAUAAGAAUUUACAAUUUUAAUACGUUGAAAUUGUUAAGCACCAUUGAAGCACACGACUCGGAAGUUUUGUGUUUAGAGUACACAAAUGAGAAAAUUAAACGCAAGCUAUUGGCAAGUGCAAGUCGUGAUCGCUUGAUUCACAUAUUCGAUGUUGAACAAGAUUACAAGAUCCUACAAACACUUGAUGAUCACUCGAGCAGCAUUACGUCUGUAAGAUUCGUUGGCGUUGGAAAUGAAUUCAGUAUGAUAUCAUGCGGAGCUGAUAAAUCCAUUAUAUUUCGAUCGUUUCAACAAAAUUUCUUUGCACGUGGUAACAAUAGCGCAGGAAAAGCUACUUUAUACGACAUGGAAGUUGAUAGUAAUUCAAAGCACAUUUUGACAGCAUGUCAAGAUCGAAAUAUUCGUGUUUAUAGCACACAAACAGCGAAACAAACAAAAACUUUCAAGGGAAGUCAUUCAGAAGAAGGAAGCUUGAUAAAACUUUGUCUCGAUCUGAGCGGAAUUUACAUCGCAACAUCUUGCACAGACAAAACUCUUAGCGUCUACGAUUAUUACUCAAACGAAUGUAUGGCUCGUAUGAGCGGGCAUAGCGAAUUGGUAACUGGAUUAAAGUUCACAAACGAUUGCAAACAUUUGAUUUCUGCAAGCGGCGACGGAUGUGUUUUUGUCUGGCAAGUUCCCCACGAUAUGAUUGUUACCAUGCAAGCUCGUAUGUCACAACAGGCAAUGCGAAUGGGACAUCCUCCUGUUAUUCCGCGCCCUAUGAAUAGCAAUUUUAUUGAAAACAACGAUCAUAUGACUGCUGGAUCGCCGCCCAAUAUGUACAUGCAAGAUAUUCAAGCAUCAACAAAUUACAGAUUUUCUGAAGUUGGUCAAUUACCUCAAUGGGCAAAAAAGAAAACAGACGAACAACAACAAUCGCAAUCUCCCUUAUUGGGAUCAUCUCCUAUACAAACACAAAAACCACGAGGUAGAUGGGCACAAAGGGGACAAUUCGAUGCAGAAACUUUAGAUUUGAGAAGUAUUGUUGAAAGUCCAUUUGGUCCUGAAAGACAAGCAGAACGCUUUAGUACGAAUCAAAUAAACAAUAAUACUCCAACAUCUGGUUAUAAUAGCGCAGGAUCAAAAGAUGUUUAUGGAAAUGCGUACCUGAGUGAGGACAGUUCUAUCGAUAGUGGUCGAGAAAAUCGUCGACAAUCAAUCAAACAAGAAACGCCAAAUCAAAAAAUGCAUAGCUUGAAUUCUGAGUCAAAUACUGAGCAUGACGAUCAUGAUGGCGAUAUCGAAGAUAUGUCAGAUGGGGAACGAACAAAUUCUGAUAAUGGUAUGAUCUAUUAUCCAUUAGGAGGACACGCAACACCAACGGAUUUCAAAGUGAAUGAAAUGGAUAUGACUGAGUUACGAAAAUCUUUACGAAAGUCAAAGGCAGAAAGACAAGGAUUAACUUUGUCUACAUUGUCAUUGGCACAAGCAACAUCUGAUGAUGAAGAUGAAGCAUCUACUCCAAGUGCAGAAAACGGAGAAAGAUCAUUGGCAUCUACAUUCGGAGGUAGCACAGAUAAUAUCCCGCAAGAUAAUACAUUCUUACAAGCAGCAUUAGAUGGUCCAGGCAGAUUACAAAAUGAAAAAUCACGUAAGAGUCUAAGUGCAAUGCACAAUACAGAUGGAAUAUCAACAUCCAUUUCUAAAUCGUUUGCCAACUCGAAAAAAGAAGAAUUAAUGAAAGUCAUUAACGACGCCAAAUCAAAGCUGCAAAAAACGGGAGAAUUUCGAAUAACAAUUACAAAUACAAGCUCAAUGUAUGACCGUAUGAAGGUUGGUUACCGAUCAAAUUUACGUGCUAGUCAAAGUAUUUCAGACUUAAGCCAUUCGUUAGCAUAUCGUUCAAGUCAACCAUCAGGAAUGAUGUCGAAUCAUUUUUUAUCAUCAAAUGAUAGUGAUGACUCUUCCAUUAGACGUGCGUGUUCGUUGAGUGAUCUAACAAUGGGAAAAUUAGCCGUAAAAACGAACAAAACAACAACUCCAAGUCGCAACAGUGAGAAACGAAAUCUUCCGAAGAGAAGUAAUUCAUCUGUUGGAAGAUCAACAACAUCCGGAAUGGGACUGAGAAGUGUCUCGACUGGAAUGUUAUGUCAAGCAAGUGACUCUGAGCCAGAACCUAAUCAACCUCGAGGAGGUCUUAUGAGACAAACAAUUGCUUCUUCAAAUAAACAAAAUGUUACUCAAAAGUAUAUAAAUCCACGAAGUGCUGCGGGAAUUAUUAAUCGCCGAAAGGGUAUGCAGAAUUCCUAUUCUACAGUGAAUUUGUCGACAACACCUCAAGAUGGUUCAAGUUCGGAAGAAUCAUGCUCUGCAAAUAACAACAAUCGAAUCGACACAACACCAAUUAAUAAACCGCAAGUUCCGCCACGUCCUCGAAAUAUCUCGAUCGAUCAUAAGCGCACAGUAAUAACGUUGACUGCAAGCAAAAAAGAUGAGAAUAUCGAUGCUCCGUGCAAGGAUAGUGACCCAGAAUGUGAUAUGACAUCUCAAAUAUGUUCCAACCUGAUAAAUCAACUGAUGCAAACGACUUCAUCUGUUAUUCAACUACAUCAACGGCUCAAAACAUCAGAUGAAGGAAUCGUGACAAACGGAAGUGCAAGUCGCAACAAUAGUCUGAUGUUGAAGGAAUUAGAAAAUGCUGUUAUUAUGACGCAAAAUAUGUUAACAAAAAUUACUAAUAAUCGAAAUAAUUCUUCUUCGGGCGAGUCUGGCAUUUACACAUCUAUUAUAACCAAUUCUCAUGAUAGAGCUACCAUAAAUAUCACACCAACAGCUAAUAAAAACAAUUCAACGAAUUCGUUGCAACAUCAGGCACAUACAACAUCAACAGUCUCUGCAAACAAUGGCAACGGCGACUUUAAUCAGCUUAUGAACAAAUGCUCAGACUUGCUGAGCAAAGUUCAAAGACAUGUCAACUCUUAAAGUGAUUUCUCCGUCGUUCUUUCAUUGUUAUAAUUUAUUUACUGUUGUUCUGAAACAAUUUCUUCUUGUCUUAUUAAGAUUUUUAUCUUAAUUAUGAUGACAUGAUCACGCCAUCUAUUAAUCCAAGAUUUUUUAAAAAUUAAUUUAUACAAUUUAGUUAAUUUGCACAUUUUUAAGAUUAAGUUGAAUUAGUCUCUGUUUGUGUUGUUACAUUCAGUGAGAUAUUUAAUCUUCUCCUUAACAGCAGAUUAAAAACAAAUGAUCAAAAAACUAAAAAAUAACAUAUAAAAAGCUUUAAAUGCUCAUAAAUAGCACUAAUUUAUAUUUUAUUUAAAAAAUGUUUAAAUUAAACUAAUUUUUUGUCAUAUACCUAUAAAAUUUAAAUUUGAAUUUGUAAAAUACUUAUAAUAAUUAAUUGAAAAUUACUUAAUAAUUAACAAUUAGAAAUACUAAACAAAACAGGUGAAUUGAUUUCAAAUUUUUAACAAAUAUUUCGCAAUUUACGGUAACACUUGCGUUUAAACAAUAUAUUAUCCAUCGAAACUGUUAACAGGUAUUGAUAAUAAUAAAAUAAUAUUUACUGUCCUUAACGUGAUUUGAACCUUUUUCCAUUUUUAAUGUCCAAUUUCAUUAAAGAUGAAAAUUAUCUAAAUGCCAAAUAUUAACAAAAAAAGACAAAAACAAGGAAUUUU